AUGGCCUCCGCCUCGCCGCAAGCGCACGAGACCCCCCGACGGAGUGUCCAUGCGGCCAUGGCGAAGGCGACGGAAUUAAGGGCCCUCAACGCGGCCUUGAUACAGGGGGGCGGCGCCGGCAUCGCCGCCGUGCCGAGAUCGCCUCUUGGGGUCUGGCCGUCCGCCGCUAAGGGGUCGGAUUACCCCGUCUUCACGCCGGUGAGUUUCUGUUUACUUCACCCGCCACUCUGAGAGUUUUCUCUUCUUUUUCUAUCUCUCCGCGAUUCUGGAAGCCGACUUUCAUGGGAUCCCCGAUGAGAGCUCGAUUCUUUUCUUCCGGUCGAUUUUCAUUCGAGUUUUCCUGAUCAAAACGACCCCCCAACGCGAUUUCAUGCAGCUGUUAUCUCAACAUCGUCGAAACUUAAUUAAGGCAAUUUUUCUUAAACAUGUCGGCAGACUUACGAAGAAGAACCUUCGCCUGCCUGCCACCACAUCCGCUCCAAAACCCAUCCUUUCUUGGAGAAUCUGACUAGAAUUGGGCUUGGGACGGAAGAAGAAGAUCUAUUUCAUGACUGGAAGGCGACCGAGUUUUCUUCAGUGUUCAGAGAAGACGAGAUCCUCCCAACAGCAGUCGGCCGGAAAUCCUACCCGGUGGGUUCUUGCUCAAACCAUGGUGUUCUUCAGGAAGCAUCUCUGGGAACCGACGCCACCAAGACAGCAGAGAGAACUGAUUCAGAAGACCGUAAGGUUAUCAGCAUCUGCAAUAAAUGCAAACCAGCAGCAAUCAAUGGCGUCCAAGGAAUCAAUUCUCAUCAGCCAUCCUUUCAGAUGCAUCCAAAUCACAGAGGAGUGAUAUCGUGGUUGUUUCCCAGGUUCAAGAGAAAACCCAAGCUGGAAACGUGUCCAAGAACAUCGAAUUCCGAAGACAGGUCUCAGGUGUCCAAGAGCCGGGGGGCACCUUCUCUGGUGUCCUUCAAGAAGGAGCUGAUCGAGGCCAGCGAGAACCGCGAUUCAGCAUUUUCUGAAGUCGGCGAGAUGAGAUCUUCUCUCACGGAGCUCAAACAGCAGCUCGGUCACUUGGAGGCGUACUGCAAAGAGCUGAAGAAGGCCUUGAUAGAGGCAAGACAGGGAGAGCCGCACGACCCGACGACGAGAAGGAUGACGCCGCUGAGAAACCCGGAGCCGGUCAGUCACGAAGUAAUGCUGGAGGGCUUCUUGCAGAUGGUCUCAGAAGCAAGACUCUCCGUCAAACAGUUGUGCAGAUCCCUCAUGACCCAGAUUGAAGAAGCAGGUACUGAUAUAAUGGAGAAGAUAGAUUUCCCAGUUCGGUUAAACCAUUUGACUUUCAACCCCGGAUACUCCAGAGAACUGGGGUACCAUCUACAAGCUCGGGUCAACAGAACCUUCUACCAAGACUUUGAAAACUGCGUCUUCCAAAAGAAUGGCUCACAGAGGAUUCUGGACCCCCGGAAAGAACACCUGGAGAACUUCUCGGCGUUCGUCUCUCUACGGAGCCUGAGCUGGAGGGAGGUCCUCAACAGGAGGGGCUCUCAACCCUAUCUCGCCGACCUCGCCAGGUUCUGUGAGCAUAAGAUGGCCUGCUUAGUCGCCCUCCUGGAGAGCUCCAGUCCUCGGCGAGAACAUCUCCGUGAGUCCUUUUUCGUCGCGGCCAAAUGCAUCUGGCUUCUCCAUCUCCUGGCCUUCUCGUUUAGCCCGCCCUUGGCGAUCCUGAGAGUCGAGGAGAAGAGGCGCUUCGACCAGGUCUACAUGGAGGACGUUCUUUCGGACAAGGAGAGACCGCGGGCGCCGCCGGGCCGUGUCAAGGUCAUGGUGACGCCGGGGUUUUACGUCCACGAAAGAGUUGUCAGAUGCAAAGUCUUGUGCAGCCGAAGUUCCGCUGUUUGA